AUGGGUGGACUUUCUCCUCAUCCCAUCCCACCAUCUCUGCUCCUCAUCCCAUCCCACCAUCUCUGCUCCUCAUCCCAUCCCACCAUCUCUGCUCCUCAUCCCAUCCCACCAUCUCUGCUCCUCAUCCCAUCCCACCAUCUCUGCUCCUCAUCCCAUCCCACCAUCUCUGCUCCUCAUCCCAUCCCACCAUCUCUGCUCCUCAUCCCAUCCCACCAUCUCUGCUCCUCAUCCCAUCCCACCAUCUCUGCUCCUCAUCCCAUCCCACCAUCUCUGCUCCUCAUCCCAUCCCACCAUCUCUGCUCCUCAUCCCAUCCCACCAUCUCUGCUCCUCAUCCCAUCCCACCAUCUCUGCUCCUCAUCCCAUCCCACCAUCUCUGCUCCUCAUCCCAUCCCACCAUCUCUGCUCCUCAUCCCAUCCCACCAUCUCUGCUCCUCAUCCCAUCCCACCAUCUCUGCUCCUCAUCCCAUCCCACCAUCUCUGCUCCUCAUCCCAUCCCACCAUCUUUGCUCCUCAUCCCAACCCACCAUCUCUGCUCCUCAUCCCAUCCCACCAUCUCUGCUCCUCAUCCCAUCCCACCAACUCUGCUCCUCAUCCCAUCCCACCAUCUCUGCUCCUCAUCCCAUCCCACCAUCUCUGCUCCUCAUCCCAUCCCACCAUCUCUGCUCCUCAUCCCAUCCCACCAUCUCUGCUCCUCAUCCCAUCCCACCAUCUCUGCUCCUCGUCCCAUCCCACCAUCUCUGCUCCUCAUCCCAGCCCACCAUCUCUGCUCCUCAUCCCAUCCCACCAUCUCUGCUCCUCAUCCCAUCCCACCAUCUCUGCUCCUCAUCCCAUCCCACCAUCUCUGCUCCUCAUCCAAUCCCAACAUCUCUGCUCCUCAUCCCAUCCCACCAUCUCUGCUCCUCAUCCCAUCCCACCAUCUCUGCUCCUCAUCCCAUCCCACCAUCUCUGCUCCUCAUCCCAUCCCAUCCCAUCUUCUCUGCUCCUCAUCCCAUCCCACCAUCUCUGCUCCUCAUCCCAUCCCACCAUCUCUGCUCAUCAUCCCAUCCCACCAUCUCUGCUCCUCAUCCCAUCCCACCAUCACUGCUCCUCAUCCCAUCCCACCAUCUCUGCUCAUCAUCCCAUCCCACCAUCUCUGCUCCUCAUCCCAUCCCACCAUCUCUGCUCCUCAUCCCAUCCCACCAUCUCUGCUCCUCAUCCCAUCCCACCAUCUCUGCUCCUCAUCCCAUCCCACCAUCUCUGCUCCUCAUCCCAUCCCGCCAUCUCUGCUCCUCAUCCCAUCCCAAUAUCUCUGCUCCUCAUCCCAUCCCACCAUCUCUGCUCCUCAUCCCAUCCCACCAUCUCUGCUCCUCAUCCCAUCCCACCAUCUCUGCUCCUCAUCCCAUCCCACCAUCUCUGCUCCUCAUCCCAUCCCAUCCCAUCUUCUCUGCUCCUCAUCUCAUCCCACCAUCUCUGCUCCUCAUCCCAUCCCACCAUCUCUGCUCCUCAUCCCAUCUCACCAUCUCUGCUCCUCAUCCCAUCCCACCAUCUCUGCUCCUCAUCCCAUCCCACCAUCUCUGCUCCUCAUCCCAUCCCACCAUCUCUGCUCCUCAUCCCAUCCCACCAUCUCUGCUCCUCAUCCCAUCCCAUCAUCUCUGCUCCUCAUCCCAUCCCACCAUCUCUGCUCCUCAUCCCAUCCCACCAUCUCUGCUCCUCAUCCCAUCCCGCCAUCUCUGCUCCUCAUCCCAUCCCAAUAUCUCUGCUCCUCAUCCCAUCCCACCAUCUCUGCUCCUCAUCCCAUCCCACCAUCUCUGCUCCUUAUCCCAUCCCACCAUCUCUGCUCCUCAUCCCAUCCCACAAUCUCUGCUCCUCAUCCCAUCCCAUCCCAUCUUCUCUGCUCCUCAUCCCAUCCCACCAUCUCUGCUCCUCAUCCCAUCCCACCAUCUCUGCUCAUCAUCCCAUCCCACCAUCUCUGCUCCUCAUCCCAUCCCACCAUCACUGCUCCUCAUCCCAUCCCACCAUCUCUGCUCAUCAUCCCAUCCCACCAUCUCUGCUCCUCAUCCCAUCCCACCAUCUCUGCUCCUCAUCCCAUCCCACCAUCUCUGCUCCUCAUCCCAUCCCACCAUCUCUGCUCCUCAUCCCAUCCCACCAUCUCUGCUCCUCAUCCCAUCCCACCAUCUCUGCUCCUCAUCCCAUCCCACCAUCUCUGCUCCUCAUCCCAUCCCACCAUCUCUGCUCCUCAUCCCAUCCCAUCCCAUCUUCUCUGCUCCUCAUCCCAUCCCAUCCCAUCUUCUCUACUCCUCAUCCCAUCCCACCAUCUCUGCUCAUCAUCCCAUCCCACCAUCUCUGCUCCUCAUCCCAUCCCAUCCCAUCGUCUCUGCUCCUCAUCCCAUCCCACCAUCUCUGCUCCUCAUCCCAUCCCACCAUCUCUGCUCCUCAUCCCAUCCCACCAUCUCUGCUCCUUAUCCCAUCCCACCAUCUCUGCUCCUCAUCCCAUCCCACCAUCUCUGCUCCUCAUCCCAUCCCACCAUCUUUGCUCCUCAUCCCAUCCCACCAUCUCUGCUCAUCAUCCCAUCCCACCAUCUCUGCUCCUCAUCCCAUCCCAUCCCAUCGUCUCUGCUCCUCAUCCCAUCCCACCAUCUCUGCUCCUCAUCCCGUCCCACCAUCUCUGCUCCUCAUCCCAUCCCACCAUCUCUGCUCCUCAUCCCAUCCCACCAUCUCUGCUCCUCAUCCCAUCCCACCAUCUCUGCUCCUCAUCCCAUCCCACCAUCUCUGCUCCUCAUCCCAUCCCACCAUCUCUUCUCCUCAUCCCAUCCCACCAUCUCUGCUCCUCAUCCCAUCCCACCAUCUCUGCUCCUCAUCCCAUCCCACCAUCUCUGCUCCUCAUCCCAUCCCACCAUCUUUGCUCCUCAUCCCAUCCCACCAUCUCUGCUCCUCAUCCCAUCCCACCAUCUCUGCUCCUCAUCCCAUCCCACCAUCUCUGCUCCUCAUCCCAUCCCACCAUCUCUGCUCAUCAUCCCAUCCCACCAUCUCUGCUCCUCAUCCCAUCCCACCAUCUCUGCUCCUCAUCCCAUCCCACCAUCUCUGCUCCUCAUCCCAUCCCACCAUCUCUGCUCCUCAUCCCAUCCCACCAUCUCUGCUCCUCAUCCCAUCCCGCCAUCUCUGCUCCUCAUCCCAUCCCAAUAUCUCUGCUCCUCAUCCCAUCCCACCAUCUCUGCUCCUCAUCCCAUCCCACCAUCUCUGCUCCUCAUCCCAUCCCACCAUCUCUGCUCCUCAUCCCAUCCCACCAUCUCUGCUCCUCAUCCCAUCCCACCAUCUCUGCUCCUCAUCCCAUCCCACCAUCUCUGCUCCUCAUCCCAUCCCACCAUCUCUGCUCCUCAUCCCAUCCCACCAUCUCUGCUCCUCAUCCCAUCCCACCAUCUCUGCUCCUCAUCCCAUCCCAUCCCAUCUUCUCUGCUCCUCAUCCCAUCCCAUCCCAUCUUCUCUGCUCCUCAUCCCAUCCCACCAUCUCUGCUCAUCAUCCCAUCCCACCAUCUCUGCUCCUCAUCCCAUCCCAUCCCAUCGUCUCUGCUCCUCAUCCCAUCCCACCAUCUCUGCUCCUCAUCCCGUCCCACCAUCUCUGCUCCUCAUCCCAUCCCACCAUCUCUGCUCCUCAUCCCAUCCCACCAUCUCUGCUCCUCAUCCCAUCCCACCAUCUCUGCUCCUCAUCCCAUCCCACCAUCUCUGCUCCUCAUCCCAUCCCACCAUCUCUUCUCCUCAUCCCAUCCCACCAUCUCUGCUCCUCAUCCCAUCCCACCAUCUCUGCUCCUCAUCCCAUCCCACCAUCUCUGCUCCUCAUCCCAUCCCACCAUCUUUGCUCAUCAUCCCAUCCCACCAUCUCUGCUCCUCAUCCCAUCCCACCAUCUCUGCUCCUCAUCCCAUCCCACCAUCUCUGCUCCUCAUCCCAUCCCACCGUCUCUCCUCAUCAUCCAAUCCCACCAUCUCUGCUCCUCAUCCCAUCCCACCAUCUCUGCUCCUCAUCCCAUCCCACCAUCUCUGCUCCUCAUCCCAUCCCACCAUCUUUGCUCCUCAUCCCAUCCCACCAUCUCUGCUCCUCAUCCCAUCCCACCAUCUCUGCUCCUCAUCCCAUCCCACCAUCUCUGCUCCUCAUCCCAUCCCACCGUCUCUCCUCAUCAUCCCAUCCCACCAUCUCUGCUCCUCAUCCCAUCCCACCAUCUCUGCUCCUCAUCCCAUCCCACCAUCUCUGCUCCUCAUCCCAUCCCACCAUCUCUGCUCCUCAUCCCAUCCCACCAUCUCUGCUCAUCAUCCCAUCCCACCAUCUCUGCUCCUCAUCCCAUCCCACCAUCUCUGCUCCUCAUCCCAUCCCACCAUCUCUGCUCCUCAUCCCAUCCCACCAUCUCUGCUCCUCAUCCCAUCCCACCAUCUCUGCUCCUCAUCCCAUCCCGCCAUCUCUGCUCCUCAUCCCAUCCCAAUAUCUCUGCUCCUCAUCCCAUCCCACCAUCUCUGCUCCUCAUCCCAUCCCACCAUCUCUGCUCCUCAUCCCAUCCCACAAUCUCUGCUCCUCAUCCCAUCCCACCAUCUCUGCUCCUCAUCCCAUCCCACCAUCUCUGCUCCUCAUCCCAUCCCACCAUCUCUGCUUCUCAUCCCAUCCCACCAUCUCUGCUCCUCAUCCCAUCCCACCAUCUCUGCUCCUCAUCCCAUCCCACCAUCUCUGCUCCUCAUCCCAUCCCACCAUCUCUGCUCCUCAUCCCAUCCCAUCCCAUCUUCUCUGCUCCUCAUCCCAUCCCAUCCCAUCUUCUCUACUCCUCAUCCCAUCCCACCAUCUCUGCUCAUCAUCCCAUCCCACCAUCUCUGCUCCUCAUCCCAUCCCAUCCCAUCGUCUCUGCUCCUCAUCCCAUCCCACCAUCUCUGCUCCUCAUCCCAUCCCACCAUCUCUGCUCCUCAUCCCAUCCCACCAUCUCUGCUCCUUAUCCCAUCCCACCAUCUCUGCUCCUCAUCCCAUCCCACCAUCUCUGCUCCUCAUCCCAUCCCACCAUCUCUGCUCCUCAUCCCAUCCCACCAUCUCUGAUCCUCAUCCCAUCCCACCAUCUCUUCUCCUCAUCCCAUCCCACCAUCUCUGCUCCUCAUCCCAUCCCACCAUCUCUGCUCCUCAUCCCAUCCCACCAUCUCUGCUCCUCAUCCCAUCCCACCAUCUUUGCUCAUCAUCCCAUCCCACCAUCUCUGCUCCUCAUCCCAUCCCACCAUCUCUGCUCCUCAUCCCAUCCCACCAUCUCUGCUCCUCAUCCCAUCCCACCGUCUCUCCUCAUCAUCCAAUCCCACCAUCUCUGCUCCUCAUCCCAUCCCACCAUCUCUGCUCCUCAUCCCAUCCCACCAUCUCUGCUCCUCAUCCCAUCCCACCAUCUUUGCUCCUCAUCCCAUCCCACCAUCUCUGCUCCUCAUCCCAUCCCACCAUCUCUGCUCCUCAUCCCAUCCCACCAUCUCUGCUCCUCAUCCCAUCCCACCGUCUCUCCUCAUCAUCCCAUCCCACCAUCUCUGCUCCUCAUCCCAUCCCACCAUCUCUGCUCCUCAUCCCAUCCCACCAUCUCUGCUCCUCAUCCCAUCCCACCAUCUCUGCUCCUCAUCCCAUCCCACCAUCUCUGCUCAUCAUCCCAUCCCACCAUCUCUGCUCCUCAUCCCAUCCCACCAUCUCUGCUCCUCAUCCCAUCCCACCAUCUCUGCUCCUCAUCCCAUCCCACCAUCUCUGCUCCUCAUCCCAUCCCACCAUCUCUGCUCCUCAUCCCAUCCCGCCAUCUCUGCUCCUCAUCCCAUCCCAAUAUCUCUGCUCCUCAUCCCAUCCCACCAUCUCUGCUCCUCAUCCCAUCCCACCAUCUCUGCUCCUCAUCCCAUCCCACAAUCUCUGCUCCUCAUCCCAUCCCACCAUCUCUGCUCCUCAUCCCAUCCCACCAUCUCUGCUCCUCAUCCCAUCCCACCAUCUCUGCUUCUCAUCCCAUCCCACCAUCUCUGCUCCUCAUCCCAUCCCACCAUCUCUGCUCCUCAUCCCAUCCCACCAUCUCUGCUCCUCAUCCCAUCCCACCAUCUCUGCUCCUCAUCCCAUCCCAUCCCAUCUUCUCUGCUCCUCAUCCCAUCCCAUCCCAUCUUCUCUACUCCUCAUCCCAUCCCACCAUCUCUGCUCAUCAUCCCAUCCCACCAUCUCUGCUCCUCAUCCCAUCCCAUCCCAUCGUCUCUGCUCCUCAUCCCAUCCCACCAUCUCUGCUCCUCAUCCCAUCCCACCAUCUCUGCUCCUCAUCCCAUCCCACCAUCUCUGCUCCUUAUCCCAUCCCACCAUCUCUGCUCCUCAUCCCAUCCCACCAUCUCUGCUCCUCAUCCCAUCCCACCAUCUUUGCUCCUCAUCCCAUCCCACCAUCUCAGCUCAUCAUCCCAUCCCACCAUCUCUGCUCCUCAUCCCAUCCCAUCCCAUCGUCUCUGCUCAUCAUCCCAUCCCACCAUCUCUGCUCCUCAUCCCGUCCCACCAUCUCUGCUCCUCAUCCCAUCCCACCAUCUCUGCUCCUCAUCCCAUCCCACCAUCUCUGCUCCUCAUCCCAUCCCACCAUCUCUGCUCCUCAUCCCAUCCCACCAUCUCUGCUCCUCAUCCCAUCCCACCAUCUCUUCUCCUCAUCCCAUCCCACCAUCUCUGCUCCUCAUCCCAUCCCACCAUCUCUGCUCCUCAUCCCAUCCCACCAUCUCUGCUCCUCAUCCCAUCCCACCAUCUUUGCUCCUCAUCCCAUCCCACCAUCUCUGCUCCUCAUCCCAUCCCACCAUCUCUGCUCCUCAUCCCAUCCCACCAUCUCUGCUCCUCAUCCCAUCCCACCAUCUCUGCUCAUCAUCCCAUCCCACCAUCUCUGCUCCUCAUCCCAUCCCACCAUCUCUGCUCCUCAUCCCAUCCCACCAUCUCUGCUCCUCAUCCCAUCCCACCAUCUCUGCUCCUCAUCCCAUCCCACCAUCUCUGCUCCUCAUCCCAUCCCGCCAUCUCUGCUCCUCAUCCCAUCCCAAUAUCUCUGCUCCUCAUCCCAUCCCACCAUCUCUGCUCCUCAUCCCAUCCCACCAUCUCUGCUCCUCAUCCCAUCCCACCAUCUCUGCUCCUCAUCCCAUCCCACCAUCUCUGCUCCUCAUCCCAUCCCACCAUCUCUGCUCCUCAACCCAUCCCACCAUCUCUGCUCCUCAUCCCAUCCCACCAUCUCUGCUCCUCAUCCCAUCCCACCAUCUCUGCUCCUCAUCCCAUCCCACCAUCUCUGCUCCUGAUCCCAUCCCAUCCCAUCUUCUCUGCUCCUCAUCCCAUCCCAUCCCAUCUUCUCUGCUCCUCAUCCCAUCCCACCAUCUCUGCUCAUCAUCCCAUCCCACCAUCUCUGCUCCUCAUCCCAUCCCAUCCCAUCGUCUCUGCUCCUCAUCCCAUCCCACCAUCUCUGCUCCUCAUCCCGUCCCACCAUCUCUGCUCCUCAUCCCAUCCCACCAUCUCUGCUCCUCAUCCCAUCCCACCAUCUCUGCUCCUCAUCCCAUCCCACCAUCUCUGCUCCUCAUCCCAUCCCACCAUCUCUGCUCCUCAUCCCAUCCCACCAUCUCUUCUCCUCAUCCCAUCCCACCAUCUCUGCUCCUCAUCCCAUCCCACCAUUUCUGCUCCUCAUCCCAUCCCACCAUCUCUGCUCCUCAUCCCAUCCCACCAUCUUUGCUCAUCAUCCCAUCCCACCAUCUCUGCUCCUCAUCCCAUCCCACCAUCUCUGCUCCUCAUCCCAUCCCACCAUCUCUGCUCCUCAUCCCAUCCCACUGUCUCUUCUCCUCAUCCCAUCCCACCGUCUCUCCUCAUCAUCCCAUCCCACCAUCUCUGCUCCUCAUCCCAUCCCACCAUCUCUGCUCCUCAUCCCAUCCCACCAUCUUUGCUCCUCAUCCCAUCCCACCAUCUCUGCUCCUCAUCCCAUCCCACCAUCUCUGCUCCUCAUCCCAUCCCACCAUCUUUGCUCCUCAUCCCAUCCCACCAUCUCUGCUCCUCAUCCCAUCCCACCAUCUCUGCUCCUCAUCCCAUCCCACCGUCUUUGCUCCUCAUCCCAUCCCACCAUCUCUGCUCCUCAUCCCAUCCCACCAUCUCUUCUCCUCAUCCCAUCCCACCAUCUCUGCUCCUCAUCCCAUCCCACCAUCUCUGCUCCUCAUCCCAUCCCACCAUCUCUGCUCCUCAUCCCAUCCCACCAUCUUUGCUCCUCAUCCCAUCCCACCAUCUCUGCUCCUCAUCCCAUCCCACCAUCUCUGCUCCUCAUCCCAUCCCACCAUCUCUGCUCCUCAUCCCAUCCCACCAUCUUUGCUCCUCAUCCCAUCCCACCAUCUCUGCUCCUCAUCCCAUCCCACCAUCUCUUCUCCUCAUCCCAUCCCACCAUCUCUGCUCCUCAUCCCAUCCCACCGUAUUUGCUCCUCAUCCCAUCCCACCAUCUCUGCUCCUCAUCCCAUCCCACCAUCUCUUCUCCUCAUCCCAUCCCACCAUCUCUGCUCCUCAUCCCAUCCCACCAUCUCUGCUCCUCAUCCCAUCCCACCAUCUCUGCUCCUCAUCCCAUCCCACCAUCUUUGCUCCUCAUCCCAUCCCACCAUCUCUGCUCCUCAUCCCAUCCCACCAUCUCUGCUUCUCAUCCCAUCCCACCAUCUCUGCUCCUCAUCCCAUCCCACCAUCUCUGCUCCUCAUCCCAUCCCACCAUCUCUUCUCCUCAUCCCAUCCCACCAUCUCUGCUCCUCAUCCCAUCCCACCAUCUCUGCUCCUCAUCACAUCCCACCAUCUCGGCUCCUCAUCCCAUCCCACCAUCUCUGCUCCUCAUCCCAUCCCACCAUCUCUGCUCCUCAUCCCAUCCCACCAUCUCUGCUCCUCAUCCGAUCUCACCAUCUCUGCUCCUCAUCCCAUCCCACCAUCUCUGCUCCUCAUCCCAUCCCACCAUCUCUGCUCCUCAUCCCAUCCCACCAUCUCUGCUCCUCAUCCCAUCCCACCGUCUCUCCUCAUCAUCCCAUCCCACCAUCUCUGCUCCUCAUCACAUCCCACCAUCUCUGCUCCUCAUCCCAUCCCACCAUCUCUGCUCCUCAUCCCAUUCCACCAUCUCUGCUCCUCAUCCCAUCCCACCAUCUCUGCUCCUCAUCCCAUCCCACCAUCUCUGCUCCUCAUCCCAUCCCACCAUCUCUGCUCCUCAUCCCAUCCCACCGUCUUUGCUCCUCAUCCCAUCCCACCAUCUCUGCUCCUCAUCCCAUCCCACCAUCUCUGCUCCUCAUCCCAUCCCACCAUCUCUGCUCCUCAUCCCAUCCCACCAUCUCUGCUCCUCAUCCCAUCCCACCAACUCUGCUCCUCAUCCCAUCCCACCAUCUCUGCUCCUCAUCCCAUCCCACCAUCUCUGCUCCUCAUCCCAUCCCACCAUCUCUGCUCCUUAUCCCAUCCCACCAUCUCUGCUCCUCAUCCCAUCCCACCAUCUCUGCUCCUCAUCCCAUCCCACCGUGUCUCCUCAUCAUCCCAUCCCACCAUCUCUGCUCCUCAUCCCAUCGCACCAUCUUUGCUCCUCAUCCCAUCCCACCAUCUCUGCUCCUCAUCCCAUCCCACCAUCUCUGCUCCUCAUCCCAUCCCACCAUCUUUGCUCCUUAUCCCAUCCCACCAUCUCUGCUCCUCAUCCCAUCCCACCAUCUCUGCUCCUCAUCCCAUCCCACCAUCUCUGCUCCUCAUCCCAUCCCACCAUCUCUGCUCCUCAUCCCAUCCCACCAUCUCUGCUCCUCAUCCCAUCCCACCGUCUCUCCUCAUCAUCCCAUCCCACCAUCUCUGCUCCUCAUCCCAUCGCACCAUCUUUGCUCCUCAUCCCAUCCCACCAUCUCUGCUCCUCAUCCCAUCCCACCAUCUCUGCUCCUCAUCCAAUCCCACCAUUUCUGCUCCUCAUCCCAUCCCACCAUCUCUGCUCCUCAUCCCAUCCCACCAUCUUUGCUCCUCAUCCCAUCCCACCAUCUCUGCUCCUCAUCCCAUCCCACCAUCUCUGCUCCUCAUCCCAUCCCACCAUCUCUGCUCCUCAUCCCAACCCACCAUCUCUGCUCCUCAUCCCAUCCCACCAUCUCUGCUCCUCAUCCCAUCCCACCGUCUUUGCUCCUCAUCCCAUCCCACCAUCUCUGCUCCUCAUCCCAUCCCACCAUCUCUUCUCCUCAUCCCAUCCCACCAUCUCUGCUCCUCAUCUAAUCCCACCAUCUCUGCUCCUCAUCCCAUCCCACCAUCUCUGCUCCUCAUCCCAUCCCACCAUCUCUGCUCCUCAUCCCAUUCCACCAUCUCUGCUCCUCAUCCCAUCCCACCAUCUCUGCUCCUCAUCCAAUCCCAAAAUCUCUGCUCCUCAUCCCAUCCCACCGUCUCUCCUCAUCAUCCCAUCCCACCAUCUCUGCUCCUCAUCCCAUCCCACCAUCUCUGCUCAUCAUCCCAUCCCACCAUCCCUGCUCCUCAUCCCAUCCCACCAUCUCUGCUCCUCAUCCCAUCCCACCAUCUCUGCUCCUCAUCCCAUCCCACCAUCUCUGCUCCUCAUCCCAUCCCACCAUCUCUGCUCCUCAUCCCAUCCCACCAUCUUUGCUCCUCAUCCCAUCCCACCAUCUCUGCUCCUCAUCCCAUCCCACCAUCUCUGCUCCUCAUCCCAUCCCACCAUCUCUGCUCCUCAUCCCAUCCCACCAUCUCUGCUCCUCAUCCCAUCCCACCAUCUCUGCUCCUCAUCCCAUCCCACCGUCUUUGCUCCUCAUCCCAUCCCACCAUCUCUGCUCCUCAUCCCAUCCCACCAUCUCUGCUCCUCAUCCCAUCCCACCAUCUCUGCUCCUCAUCCCAUCCCACCAUCUCUGCUCCUCAUCCCAUCCCACCAUCUCUGCUCCUCAUCCCAUUCCACCAUCUCUGCUCCUCAUCCCAUCUCACCAUCUCUGCUCCUCAUCCAAUCCCACCAUCUCUUCUCCUCAUCCCAUCCCACCAUCUUUGCUCCUCAUCCCAUCCCACCAUCUCUGCUCCUCAUCCCUUCCCACCAUCUCUGCUCCUCAUCCAAUCCCACCAUCUCUGCUCCUCAUCCCAUCCCACCAUCUCUGCUCCUCAUCCCAUCCCACCAUCUUUGCUCCUCAUCCCAUCCCACCAUCUUUGCUCCUCAUCCCAUCCCACCAUCUUUGCUCCUCAUCCCAUCCCACCAUCUUUGCUCCUCAUCCCUUCCCACCAUCUCUGCUCCUCAUCCAAUCCCACCAUCUCUGCUCCUCAUCCCAUCCCACCAUCUCUGCUCCUCAUCCCAUCCCACCAUCUCUGCUCCUCAUCCCAUCCCACCAUCUCUGCUCCUCAUCCCAUCCCACCAUCUCUGCUCCUCAUCCCAUCCCACCAUCUCUGCUCCUCAUCCCAUCCCACCGUCUCUCCUCAUCAUCCCAUCCCACCAUCUCUGCUCCUCAUCCCAUCCCACCAUCUCUGCUCCUCAUCCCAUCCCACCAUUUCUGCUCCUCAUCCCAUCCCACUAUCUCUGCUCCUCAUCCCAUCCCACAGUCUCUCCUCCUCAUCCAAUCCCACCGUCUCUCCUCAUCAUCCCAUCCCACCAUCUCUGCUCCUCAUCCCAUCCCACCAUCUCUGCUCCUCAUCCCAUCCCACCAUCUCUGCUCCUCAUCCCAUCCCACCAUCUCUGCUCCUCAUCCCAUCCCACCAUCUCUGCUCCUCAUCCCAUCCCACCAUCUCUGCUCCUCAUCCCAUCCCACCAUCUCUGCUCCUCAUCCCAUCCCACCGUCUCUGCUCCUCAUCCCAUCCCACAGUCUCUGCUCCUCAUCCCAUCCCACCGUCUCUCCUCAUCAUACCAUCCCACCAUUUCUGCUCCUCAUCCCAUCCCACUAUCUCUGCUCCUCAUCCCAUCCCACCAUCUCUCCUCCUCAUCCCAUCCCACCGUCUCUCCUCAUCAUCCCAUCCCACCAUCUCUGUUCCUCAUCCCAUCCCACCAUCUCUGCUCCUCAUCCCAUCCCACCAUCUCUGCUCCUCAUCCCAUCCCACCGUCUCUGCUCCUCAUCCCAUCCCACAGUCUCUGCUCCUCAUCCCAUCCCACCGUCUCUCCUCAUCAAACCAUCCCACCAUUUCGGCUCCUCAUCCCAUCCCACUAUCUCUGCUCCUCAUCCCAUCCCACCAUCUCUCCUCCUCAUCCCAUCCCACCGUCUCUCCUCAUCAUCCCAUCCCACCAUCUCUGCUCCUCAUCCCAUCCCACCAUCUUUGCUCCUCAUCCCAUCCCACCAUCUCUGCUCCUCAUCCCAUCCCACCAUCUCUGCUCCUCAUCCCAUCCCACCAUCUCUGCUCCUCAUCCCAUCCCACCAUCUUUGCUCCUCAUCCCAUCCCACCAUCUUUGCUCCUCAUCCCAUCCCACCAUCUUUGCUCCUCAUCCCAUCCCACCAUCUCUGCUCCUCAUCCCUUCCCACCAUCUCUGCUCCUCAUCCAAUCCCACCAUCUCUGCUCCUCAUCCCAUCCCACCAUCUCUGCUCCUCAUCCCAUCCCACCAUCUCUGCUCCUCAUCCCAUCCCACCAUCUCUGCUCCUCAUCCCAUCCCACCAUCUCUGCUCCUCAUCCCAUCCCACCAUCUCUGCUCCUCAUCCCAUCCCACCGUCUCUCCUCAUCAUCCCAUCCCACCAUCUCUGCUCCUCAUCCCAUCCCACCAUCUCUGCUCCUCAUCCCAUCCCACCAUUUCUGCUCCUCAUCCCAUCCCACUAUCUCUGCUCCUCAUCCCAUCCCACAGUCUCUCCUCCUCAUCCCAUCCCACCGUCUCUCCUCAUCAUCCCAUCCCACCAUCUCUGCUCCUCAUCCCAUCCCACCAUCUCUGCUCCUCAUCCCAUCCCACCAUCUCUGCUCCUCAUCCCAUCCCACCAUCUCUGCUCCUCAUCCCAUCCCACCAUCUCUGCUCCUCAUCCCAUCCCACCAUCUCUGCUCCUCAUCCCAUCCCACCAUCUCUGCUCCUCAUCCCAUUCCACCGUCUCUGCUCCUCAUCCCAUCCCACAGUCUCUGCUCCUCAUCCCAUCCCACGGUCUCUCCUCAUCAUACCAUCCCACCAUUUCUGCUCCUCAUCCCAUCCCACCGUCUCUGCUCCUCAUCCCAUCCCACAGUCUCUGCUCCUCAUCCCAUCCCACGGUCUCUCCUCAUCAUACCAUCCCACCAUUUCUGCUCCUCAUCCCAUCCCACUAUCUCUGCUCCUCAUCCCAUCCCACCAUCUCUCCUCCUCAUCCCAUCCCACCGUCUCUCCUCAUCAUCCCAUCCCACCAUCUCUGUUCCUCAUCCCAUCCCACCAUCUCUGCUCCUCAUCCCAUCCCACCGUCUCUGCUCCUCAUCCCAUCCCACAGUCUCUGCUCCUCAUCCCAUCCCACCGUCUCUCCUCAUCAAACCAUCCCACCAUUUCGGCUCCUCAUCCCAUCCCACUAUCUCUGCUCCUCAUCCCAUCCCACCAUCUCUCCUCCUCAUCCCAUCCCACCGUCUCUCCUCAUCAUCCCAUCCCACCAUCUCUGCUCCUCAUCCCAUCCCACCAUCUUUGCUCCUCAUCCCAUCCCACCAUCUCUGCUCCUCAUCCCAUCCCACCAUCUCUGCUCCUCAUCCCAUCCCACCAUCUCUGCUCCUCAUCCCAUCCCAUCCCAUCGUCUCUGCUGCUCAUCCCAUCCCAGCGUCUCUGCUCCUCAUCCCAUCCCACCGUCUCUCCUCAUCAUCCCAUCCCACCAUCUCUGCUCCUCAUCCCAUCCCACCAUCUCUGCUCCUCAUCCCAUCCCACCAUCUCUCCUCCUCAUCCCAUCCCACCGUCUCUCCUCAUCAUCCCAUCCCACCAUCUCUGUUCCUCAUCCCAUCCCACCAUCUCUGCUCCUCAUCCCAUCCCACCAUCUCUGCUCCUCAUCCCAUCCCACCAACUCUGCUCCUCAUCCCAUCCCACCAUCUCUGCUCCUCAUCCCAUCCCACCAUCUCUGCUCCUCAUCCCAUCCCACCAUCUCUGCUCCUCAUCCCAUCCCACCUCUCUGCUCCUCAUCCCAUCCCACCGUCUCUCCUCAUCAUACCAUCCCACCAUUUCUGCUCCUCAUGCCAUCCCACUAUCUCUGCUCCUCAUCCCAUCCCACCAUCUCUCCUCCUCAUCCCAUCCCACCGUCUCUCCUCAUCAUCCCAUCCCACCAUCUCUGCUCCUCAUCCCAUCCCACCAUCUCUGCUCCUCAUCCCAUCCCACUAUCUCUGCUCCUCAUCCCAUCCCACCAUCUCUGCUCCUCAUCCCAUCCCACCAUCUCUGCUCCUCAUCCCAUCCCACCAUCUCUGCUCCUCAUCCCAUCCCACCGUCUCUUCUCAUCAUCCCAUCCCACCAUCUCUGCUCCUCAUCCCAUCCCACCAUCUCUGCUCCUCAUCCAAUCCCACCAUCUCUGCUCCUCAUCCCAUCCCACCAUCUCUGCUCCUCAUCCCAUCCCACCAUCUUUGCUUCUCAUCCCAUCCCACCAUCUCUGCUCCUCAUCCCAUCCCACCAUCUCUGCUCCUCAUCCCAUCCCACCAUCUCUGCUCCUCAUCCCAACCCACCAUCUCUGCUCCUCAUCCCAUCCCACCAUCUCUGCUCCUCAUCCCAUCCCACCGUCUUUGCUCCUCAUCCCAUCCCACCAUCUCUGCUCCUCAUCCCAUCCCACCAUCUCUUCUCCUCAUCCCAUCCCACCAUCUCUGCUCCUCAUCUCAUCCCACCAUCUCUGCUCCUCAUCCCAUCCCACCAUCUCUGCUCCUCAUCCCAUCCCACCAUCUCUGCUCCUCAUCCCAUUCCACCAUCUCUGCUCCUCAUCCCAUCCCACCAUCUCUGCUCCUCAUUCCAUCCCACCAUCUCUGCUCCUCAUCCCAUCCCACCGUCUCUCCUCAUCAUCCCAUCCCACCAUCUCUGCUCCUCAUCCCAUCCCACCAUCUCUGCUCCUCAUCCCAUCCCACCAUCUCUGCUCCUCAUCCCAUUCCACCAUCUCUGCUCCUCAUCCCAUCCCACCAUCUCUGCUCCUCAUCCAAUCCCACCAUCUCUUCUCCUCAUCCCAUCCCACCAUCUUUGCUCCUCAUCCCAUCCCACCAUCUCUGCUCCUCAUCCCUUCCCACCAUCUCUGCUCCUCAUCCAAUCCCACCAUCUCUGCUCCUCAUCCCAUCCCACCAUCUCUGCUCCUCAUCCCAUCCCACCAUCUUUCCUCCUCAUCCCAUCUCACCAUCUCUGCUCCUCAUCCCAUCCCACCAUCUCUGCUCCUCAUCCCAUCCCACCAUCUUUCCUCCUCAUCCCAUCUCACCAUCUUUACUCCUCAUCCCAUCCCACCAUCUUUGCUCCUCAUCCCAUCCCACCAUCUCUGCUCCUCAUCCCUUCCCACCAUCUCUGCUCCUCAUCCAAUCCCACCAUCUCUGCUCCUCAUCCCAUCCCACCAUCUCUGCUCCUCAUCCCAUCCCACCAUCUCUGCUCCUCAUCCCAUCCCACCGUCUCUCCUCAUCAUCCCAUCCCACCAUCUCUGCUCCUCAUCCCAUCCCACCAUCUCUGCUCCUCAUCCCAUCCCACCAUCUUUGCUCCUCAUCCCAUCCCACCUCUCUGCUCCUCAUCCCAUCCCACCAUCUCUGCUCCUCAUCCCAUCCCACCAUCUUUGCUCCUCAUCCCAUCCCACCAUCUCUGCUCCUCAUCCCAUCCCACCAUCUCUGCUCCUCAUCCCAUCCCACCAUCUCUGCUCCUCAUCCCAUCCCACCAUCUCUCCUCCUCAUCCCAUCCCACCGUCUCUCCUCAUCAUCCCAUCCCACCAUCUCUGUUCCUCAUCCCAUCCCACCAUCUCUGCUCCUCAUCCCAUCCCACCAUCUCUGCUCCUCAUCCCAUCCCACCAACUCUGCUCCUCAUCCCAUCCCACCAUCUCUGCUCCUCAUCCCAUCCCACCAUCUCUGCUCCACAUCCCAUCCCACCAUCUCUGCUCCUCAUCCCAUCCCACCGUCUCUCCUCAUCAUCCCAUCCCACCAUCUCUGCUCCUCAUCCAUCCCACCAUCUCUGCUCCUCAUCCCAUCCCACCAUCUCUGCUCCUCAUCCCAUCCCACCGUCUCUGCUCCUCAUCCCAUCCCACAGUCUCUGCUCCUCAUCCCAUCCCACCGUCUCUCCUCAUCAUACCAUCCCACCAUUUCUGCUCCUCAUCCCAUCCCACUAUCUCUGCUCCUCAUCCCAUCCCACCAUCUCUCCUCCUCAUCCCAUCCCACCGUCUCUCCUCAUCAUCCCAUCCCACCAUCUCUGUUCCUCAUCCCAUCCCACCAUCUCUGCUCCUCAUCCCAUCCCACCAUCUCUGCUCCUCAUCCCAUCCCACCAACUCUGCUCCUCAUCCCAUCCCACCAUCUCUGCUCCUCAUCCCAUCCCACCAUCUCUGCUCCUCAUCCCAUCCCACCAUCUCUGCUCCUCAUCCCAUCCCACCGUCUCUCCUCAUCAUCCCAUCCCACCAUCUCUGCUCCUCAUCCCAUCCCACCAUCUCUGCUCCUCAUCCCAUCCCACCAUCUCUGCACCUCAUCCCAUCCCACCGUCUCUGCUCCUCAUCCCAUCCCACAGUCUCUGCUCCUCAUCCCAUCCCACCGUCUCUCCUCAUCAUACCAUCCCACCAUCUCUGCUCCUCAUCCCAUCCCACCAUCUCUGCUCCUCAUCCCAUCCCACCGUCUCUCCUCAUCAUCCCAUCCCACCAUCUCUGCUCCUCAUCCCAUCCCACCAUCUCUGCUCCUCAUCCCAUCCCACCAUCUUUGCUCCUCAUCCCAUCCCACCAUCUCUGCUCCUCAUCCCAUCCCACCAUCUCUGCUCCUCAUCCCAUCCCACCAUCUCUGCUCCUCAUCCCAUCCCACCAUCUCUCCUCCUCAUCCCAUCCCACCGUCUCUCCUCAUCAUCCCAUCCCACCAUCUCUGUUCCUCAUCCCAUCCCACCAUCUCUGAUCCUCAUCCCAUCCCACCAUCUCUGCUCCUCAUCCCAUCCCACCAUCUCUGCUCCUCAUCCCAUCCCACCGUCUCUGGUCCUCAUCCCAUCCCACCGUCUCUGCUCCUCAUCCCAUCCCACCAUCUCUACUCCUCAUCCAAUCCCACCAUCUCUGCUCCUCAUCCCAUCCCACCGUCUCUCCUCAUCAUCCCAUCCCACCAUCUCUGCUCCUCAUCCCAUCCCACCAUCUCUGCUCCUCAUCCCAUCCCACCAUCUCUGCUCCUCAUCCCAUCCCACCGUCUCUCCUCAUCAUCCUAUCCCACCAUCUCUGCUCCUCAUCCCAUCCCACCAUCUCUGCUCCUCAUCCCAUCCCACCAUCUCUGCUCCUCAUCCCAUCCCACCGUCUCUGGUCCUCAUCCGAUCCCACCAUCUCUGCUCCUCAUCCCAUCCCACCGUCUCUGCUCCUCAUCCCAUCCCACCGUCUCUCCUCAUCAUCCCAUCCCACCAUCUCUGCUCCUCAUCCUAUCCCACCAUCUCUGCUCCUCAUCCCAUCCCACCAUCUCUGCUCCUCAUCCGAUCCCACGAUCUCUGCUCCUCAUCCCAUCCCACCGUCUCUGCUCCUCAUCCCAUCCCACCGUCUCUGCUCCUCAACCCAUCCCACCAUCUCUGCUCCUCAUCCCAUCCCACCAUCUCUGA